AAUUAAUAAAAUAAGAACCCAAAAGAAUAAAUGAGGGAACAUCUCUAUCUCACCUCUUUACAUAUUUCUCUCAACUCUAACACCUCCUGCCGGAAAUUGACCAGCCCAGCUCGCCGAGAGACUGUCGCAGGGCAGAAUCUCCGGGACGAGGUGUUGGCCUUAGCCAUCGGUUUUCGCAACAAUGAGCUCAGAAAAUGAAGACGCAGCUCUGAAGAGGCGACUAUCGUGCACCAAGUAUUUUGAUGCGCUCUACUUUUGUUAUUCCCCUUUUUAUCAGAUGCAACAAUACUACCGCAUUGGUGAACUUGACAAUUGUUUCGGAAAAUGGAGUGCUCUCUAUGAUUGCUUGUGUCUCAAGACCAAAAAAGCUACUGAAGUUGAGAGUAUAUUAGAAGCUCGCGAGAAAGCCCAGACUCAUAUAUGGACCUUUCGGACCCCAAAAGAAGCAGAACGCUUUUGGAAUCAGCACUACGGACAUCUAUAUGACGACAAGUAGAAGUUUCUGCUCAUUCAGAAUCUUGCAUCUUUAAUUCUUAUGCCAAUGGUAUUAUCGAUUUUAUUCCAAAGUGUUCCAAAGAGGGUUUGUUCCAAAGAAAACAAUGGCUGGAGUCUUGUUUAAAAGAGGGUUUGGUCAUUUUAACAUGUGUACCUCCAUGUUUUUUUAUAUAUAAAGAGGAUCAAUAAUGGUUCUUUCUUCA